GGAAGAGUAAAAUACGCGUUAUACUAUUUUUUUUCUUUGACCAAAAUUUUACACCAUUGAAUUUUUCUGAUAAGAUAUUUAAUGAGAAAACUAGCAAGACCGACGUUUACUUUUUGUUUCUUGGUGUCCAAGUUUAGCAAGAGUAUUAAUUGGCUUCUCCAUCUUCAUGUAAUACAAAACAUAUCUUCUCUCUUCUUGUGUUCGGAAGCAUUCAUCCCUUUUUCUGGCAAGUAUGGCGAACUGGUCAGAACUGCCAUACGAACUACUUGUGUUGAUAGCAAAGCGUGUUACAGUGAUGGAGGAUUUCAUUAGAUUUGGUGUUGUUUGUAAAUCAUGGAGAAGUGCUGGCACCAAAGAAAAUUUUGAUGUUUUAGCGCCUCAAGUUCCAUUGCUUAUGCUGGCUGCUAAUAGGGAUGAUGAUUAUCGAAAAUUCUACUCUCUUUCCAAGGAGAAAAUUUCUCGCACAGUUUUCCUCCCAGAAGCUAGAGGGAGACUCUGUUUUCCAACACAGGGAUGGCUUUUCACGGUGAACUAUACAACAUUUACUGGAGAGAUGACUUUGUUGCACCCUUUUUCACGUGCCCAAAUUCAGCUUCCUCCGCCUACUGGCUUGAGAGAUCAGGAAUCAAAACGUCCCUAUGUGACUAUCAACCAUGUUGUGUUAUCUGCCAGCCCAUCCGUAACAUCUGACUAUGUUCUGAUAAUUUGUUAUGGUCGCCCUACAUACCGUUUUGCUUUAUGGCGACCUGGAGACCUCUGUUGGACCAAAAUUCCUUUUGUUGAAGAAACUUAUGCAUUUUACCAUAUGAUCCAAUACUUCAAUGGACAACUUUAUGUCAACAAUGGGCGGUGUGUAGUUUCAGCUAUUGACAUCCCAGAGCCUAGCAAUCCUCAGCCUAUUGUAAAACAACGAGAGGUUGUUCAGAUGGUGGGUUUAUCGACUCAUGCAAGCCAGCGCUUUGUCUUUCUCAUUGAAGUGUCAGGUGAACUAUUAUUUGUUCAACAAUUGGUGAUUACGACAGAUGUAGCCAAUGUGUGGAAGACAUAUAAAUUUCGACUAUUCAAAAUAGAUGCAAUCAAAGGAGAAGCAAAAGAGAUCAAAAGCUUGGGAGACAAAGCAAUUUUUGUGGGGUGUAAUGCAUCAAUUGCCAUCGACUCUUCCAAGUUAGUAGGAGUGAAACCUAAUCAUAUAUAUUUUACCUAUGAUUGGACAUGUGUGUUCUCCGAAGGAGAUGAUUCGAGAGAGAUAGGGGCUUACAAUCUCGAAGAUGAAACCAUUCAACCCUUGAAUCAAGGCAUUUCUAGUGUUAAUCUUGUAUCCCCAGCGAUUUGGGUUACCCCAUCAUUCUGAUAUCAAAAUGGGACUCCACUUACCUCCAUUACCUGUUGAAGUAUAACUCUUUUAAUUGUACUUUCUCUGAA